GGGCCGGGCAACCGAGUCCCGGCCUCCCCGGCUACCGGAGGGCGAUGAUUUUCUUUCCCUCCACGCCGAUUCGGAUGAGGAAGGGGAUUUCGGCGCCGACAGCCAACCCGAUCCGCGUUGGAAAGGGGGAGGUUCCGACCUCCGCCGCAAAAUCCUGAGCCAGCGCCGCCUGCGCGCCCCGCCCUCGCCGCGCUCCCCCUCCGCCGCUUCCCGCAAGAAACCCAAACGCUCGCGGGAACGAGGGGGAGCGGAGCGCCAUCGCCGCCGCGGUUCCCGCUCUCGUUCCCGUCGGCGUUCCUGGUCGCGGAGUCGACGUUCCCGUUCGCGGGAAAAACGCCGGAGCCGACGUUCGGGGAGCGGCGAGCGACCUCGGCGUCCUCGGCACAAGGAAAAACACCGAGGCGAGGGGAAGAAGAAAAAGAAGCAACGGUCGCGUUCCCGGGAACGCCGGCCAUCCCGGCGCCCGUCCCGCGAAGGACCGGGAGAUCCCAAAACGGAAAAAGGCGGAGAACAGGCGGCGCGGCGGCGGGAAGCGCGGGCGGUGGUGCCGCCUUCCGUCCAGGAGCUGAACGACGCCGAUCUCUUCGCCAUCAAACGGACCAUCACCGUCAGUCGACGAGAAGGAACGCCGGAACCGGCGAAACGAGAGGUGCUCUACGAUUCCGAAGGAUUAAGUUUCGAGGGAUUUUCCGAUCGGGAACCUCCGGAAGCGCCGGCGCGGGGGGGUAAAGGAGAAACGCGCCCGGCGACGGAGGGCAAGAAGGAGAAGGAGCGGAAGCGGAGCCGGCCGGAGGAGCGUCCCCCCGCUCGCGAGAAAUACAAGAAGAAAUUUAAGGAGACUCCCGGUCGCCCGCCGCCGCUCCCGCCGGAGCCGGCGAAGGGGGAGAAGGAGAAGCCGCCGCGCGGCGAGAGGGAGAAGCCGGCGAGGAAGAGUAAAAGCGGGGGGCACAAGGAUGGGGAGGGGGUCCCCGCGAAACCCCCCGCUUCCCGGAAGGUGAAGCUGCAAUCCAAGGUGGCCGUUCUCAUCCGGGAGGGCGUCAGCUCCACCACGGCGGCGGGGAAGGAGAGCGGCGGCGGUUCCGGCGGCGGUUCCAUCGGGGUGAAGUUCAGUCGCGACGCCGAAAGCCGAGCGCCGUUUCUCAAAGCCGAGGAGAAAGCGGCGGCCGAGGCCAAGGCGGGGGGCAAAGCCGAGCCCCCCAAGGACGCGGGGGUCAAGGUCAAGAAGACCAAAACCCCCAAGACCAAGGCGGGGUUGAAGAAGGCCAAGGGCGCCGGCGGCAAGGCCAAGGCCGGCGGCGAGGCGAGGAAGAAGAGGAAGGCCAAACCCAAGGGCUCGCUCAAGAAGUCCAAAGCGGACAGUUGUAGCCAAGGGGCCGGUAGCCCCCCGCUCCGCUUGCCCCCCAAAGUCGAACCGACGUGGUCGG